AUGUUUCGCUCGCUGGUGCGCUGGUCGCGGACGACGUACCGCGGCGCGCGCGGAUCCGGCCCUGGUCGGUCCGGCAAGACCGAUGCGCGGUCCUCGCCCGCAUCGCGCCCUACCGAGGUGCAGGCGGCGCACGCUGGCCACACGUUCAAGCGCGCGCAGCGCGGCCUGUACGAUGGCAAGAUCCUGCAGUUUGGCAAUACCAUUCCCAACUCGCGCCACAAGACCGGGCGGCGCUGGGAGCCGAAUGUGCAGCCCAAGUCGCUCUGGAGCGAGACGCUGCAGACAUGGGUGCACACGCGUGUCGCCACGUCGGCUCUGCGCUCGAUCAGCAAGCACGGCGGCCUGGACCAGUACCUGGCGCAGACCAAGGACACGCACCUCGGCGAGUUCGGGCGCAAGCUGCGCGAACGUGUCGCACGCACGUUGCGUGAAAAGCGGCUGAGCCAGUAA